CCAGGCGGAGCCAAGCCGAGAGGACCAGCCGGGCACGCCCAGGAAAGGCCGCAAGCGCCCGCCCUGUCAGUGCAGCCACUCCUUAGAAGUCUGGUAUUAUUCUUCUACUCAUCAUUCGAAGAUUCUACUCCAAAAUGAUCUCCAAAAGGUCAUAACUUUGUAAAGAAAAGCAUGCCCUUUCAGAGAAGAGACAAAAACCCUUGAGAGUAGAGUCUUAUUGUAUACAGCCAGAUAUAAUGGAGCCACCGGUGGCGCAGUGGGUUAAAAGCCUUGUGACUUGAAGGUUAGGUUGCUGACCUGAAGGCUGCCAGGUUCGAAUUAAACCCGUGGAGAGUGCGGGUGAGCUCCCUCUAUUAGCUCCAGCUCCAUACGGGGACAUGAGAGAAGCCUUCCACAAGGAUGGUCAAAACAUCUGGCCGUCUCCUGGACAACGUCCUUGCAGACGGCCAAUUCUCUCACUCCAGAAGCAACUCCGGUUGCUCCUGACACACACAAAAAAAACUUGAAGGUUGGGUUGUGCUGACCUGAAGGCUGCCAGGUUCGAAUCCAACCCGUGGAGAGUGCGGGUGAGCUCCCUCUAUUAGCUCCAGCUCCAUACAGGGACAUGAGAGAAGCCUUCCACAAGGAUGGUCAAAACAUCCAGCCGUCUCCUGGACAACGUCCUUGCAGACGGCCAAUUCUCUCACUCCAGAAGCAACUCCGGUUGCUCCUGACACACACAAAAAAAACUUGAAGGUUGGGUUGUGCUGACCUGAAGGCUGCCAGGUUCGAAUCCAACCCGUGGAGAGUGCGGGUGAGCUCCCUCUAUUAGCUCCAGCUCCAUACAGGGACAUGAGAGAAGCCUUCCACAAGGAUGGUCAAAACAUCCAGCCGUCUCCUGGACAACGUCCUUGCAGACGGCCAAUUCUCUCACUCCAGAAGCAACUCCGGUUGCUCCUGACACACACAAAAAAAACUUGAAGGUUGGGUUGUGCUGACCUGAAGGCUGCCAGGUUCGAAUCCAACCCGUGGAGAGUGCGGGUGAGCUCCCUCUAUUAGCUCCAGCUCCAUACAGGGACAUGAGAGAAGCCUUCCACAAGGAUGGUCAAAACAUCCAGCCGUCUCCUGGACAACGUCCUUGCAGACGGCCAAUUCUCUCACUCCAGAAGCAACUCCGGUUGCUCCUGACACACACAAAAAAAACUUGAAGGUUGGGUUGUGCUGACCUGAAGGCUGCCAGGUUCGAAUCCAACCCGUGGAGAGUGCGGGUGAGCUCCCUCUAUUAGCUCCAGCUCCAUACGGGGACAUGAGAGAAGCCUUCCACAAGGAUAGUCAAAACAUCAAAACAUCCGGCCGUCUCCUGGAUAACGUCCUUGCAGACGGCCAAUUCUCUCACUCCAGAAGCAACUCCGGUUGCUCCUGACACACACAAAAAAACUUGAAGGUUGGGAUGUGCUGACCUGAAGGCUGCCAGGUUCGAAUCCAACCUGGGGAAAGCGCGGAUGAGCUCCCUCUAGCAGCUCCAGCUCCAUGCGGGGACAUGAGAGAAGCCUCCCACAAGGAUGGUCAAAACAUCCGGCCGUCUCCUGGACAACAUUCUUGCAGAUGUCCAAUUCUCUCACACCAGAAGCAUUUUGCAGUUUAUCAAGUUGCUCCUGACACGAAAAAAAAGCCAGAUGCAGCAGAGUCUCACUUGUCCAAGCUAUACGGGCCGGCAGAAGCUUGGAUAAGCGAAUAUCUUGGAUAAUAAGGGAGGAUUAAGGAAAAGCCUAUUAAACUUCAAAUUAGGUUAUGAUUUUAUAAAUUACACACAAAAACAUCAGGUUACAGGGCCGUAGCCAGAAAAAAAUUUCGGGAGGGGUUUUGAAAAUUUGGGGGGGGGGGGAGAAUCCCUGACCCACCCGCCCCCGGGUUCAGACCUGUCAAUAUCUGCUUGAGAUAGUGCCUGGAGGGACUCUUAAUGUUUUACGUCUCAUAGACUUAGCAUGGGGAUUUGGUUAACCAGUUAAAAUUCAUGAGUCUCACUUAUCCAAGCUAAACGGGCCGGCAGAAUAUAUCUUGGAUAAUAAGGAGGGAUUAAGGAAAAGCCAGGGGCCCCUGGUGGCACAGUAUGUUAAAGCGCUGAGCUGCUGAACUUGCGGACCAAAAGGUGCCAGGUUCAAAUCCCGGGAGCGGAAUGAGCACCCGCUGUUAGCCCCAGCUUCUGCCAACCUAGCAGUUUGAAAACAUGCAAAUGUGAGUAGAUCAAUAGGUACCGCUCUGGCGGGAAGGUAACAGCACUCCAUGCAGUCAUGCCAGCCACAUGACCUUGGAGGUGUCUACGGACAAUGCUGACUUUUCAGCUUAAAAAUGGAGAUGAGCACCAACCCCCAGAGUCAGUCACGGCUGGACUUAACGUCAGGGGAAACUUUUACCUUACCCAAGGAAAAGCCUAUUAAACCUCAAAUUAGGUUAUGAUUUUGCAAAUUAAGCACCAAAACAUCUUGUUUUACAACAAAUUUGACAGAAAAGCAGUUCAAUAUGCAGUAAUGUUAUGUUGUAAUUACUGUAUUUAUGAAUUUAGCACCAAAAUAUCACGAUAUAUUGAAAACAUUGACUACUAAAAUGGCUUGGAUAAGCCAGAAACUUGCAUAAGUGAGACUCUACUGUAUAAUUAUAUGCAAGUCAGCAGUGGUUUCAGUUGGGUUGCUGUGAGUUUUCCGGCCUGUAUGGCCAUGUUCCAGAAGCUUUCUCUCCUGACGUUUCUCCCACAUCUAUGGCAGGCAUCCUCAGAGGUUGUGAGGUAUGUUGGAAACUAGGCAAGAGGGGUUGAUAAAUCUGUGGAAAGUCCAGGGUGGGAGAAAGAACUCUUGUCUGUUGGAGGCAGGUGUGGAUGUUUCCAUGUCAGACUACACACCCUGGACCUUCCACAGAUAUAUAAGCCUCCCUUGACUAGUCUCCAACAUACCGUGCAACUCUGAGGUCUGCCACAGAUGUGGGCGAAACGUCAGGACAGAAAGCCUCUGGAAUAUGGCCAUACAGCCCGAAAGACUCACAGCAACCCAGGGAAUCCGGCCAUGAAAGCCUUUGACUAUACAAUGGUUUCAGUUGUUAGACUGAAUAAUCUGUCAUCUCUGAUCUGUUAGGAAAGCAGAGAUUUGCCAGUGCAUAAAAAAUCAAAAUCUUUUAUUGUUAGUUUGACCAGUCAAAUAUGUGCAAGUCUUUUUCAGGUAUAUAAUGAAUAAAGGUCAGUUUUUCACCUCUGUUAAUGAUUUUUGGUGGUUUUAGGAUGAGGCUACACUGGCCAGUAAAUUCACAGCCAGUCAUAUAUUCAUAGAAUUGUAAAGUUGGAAGAGAUCCAGUCCAAAACAAUCCAAGUACAGUAGAGUCUCACUUAUCCAACAUAAACUGGCCAGCAGAAUGUUGGAUAAGUGAAUAUGUUGGAUAAUAAGGAGAGAUUACGAAAAAGCCUAUUAAACAUCAAAAUAGGUUAUGCUUUUACAAAUUAAGCGCCAAAGCAUCAUGUUAUACAACAAAUUUGACAGAAAAAUUAGUUCAUUACACAUUAAUGCUAUGUAGUAAUUACUGUAUUUACGAAUUUAGCACCAAAAUAUCAUGAUAUAUUGAAAACAUUGACUACAAAAAUGCAUUGGAUAAUCCAGAACGUUGGAUAAGUGAGACUCUACUGUACUUCCAACAAUUGGUCAUCUAGCCUCUGCUAUCCAAUAUCUGCUGGAUAGUGGAGGAAGGCAGGGUGUUUCAGAAAAACAUCUAUUUCUGUUUUAUUGACUAUUCUAAAGCCUUUGACUGUGUGGAUCAUAAUAAAUUGUGGCAAGUUCUUGGUGGUAUGGGGAUACAAAGUCAUCUUGUCUGUCUCCUGAGGAAACUGUAUAACAACCAAAUAGCAACAGUAAGAACAGACUACGGAGCAAGAGACUGGUUCAAGAUUGGGAAAGGAGUGCGGCAGGGCUGUAUACUCUCACUCUAUCUUUUCAACUUGUAUGUAGAACACAUCAUGCGACAUGCAGGGCUUGACGAAUCCAAGGCUGGAGUUAAAAUUUCUGGAAGAACCAUUAACAACCUUAGAUAUACAGAUAAUACCACUCUGAUGGCUGAAAGCGAGGAGGAGCUGAGGAGCCUUAUCACCAAGGUGAAAGAAGAAAGUGCAAAAGCUGGGUUGCAAGUAAACAUCAAGAAAACCCAAGAUUACGACAACCAGACUGAUUGAUGACUGGCAAAUAGAGGGAGAAAACGUGGAGGCAGUGACAGACUUUGUAUUUCUAGGUGUGAAGAUUACUGCAGGCUGCAGACUGCAGCCAAGAAAUCAGAAGACGUUUAAUUCUUGGGAGGAGAGCAAUGAUCAAUCUCGAUAAAAUAGUGAAGAAUAGAGACAUCACACUGGCAACAAAGGUCUGCAUAGUUAAAGCAAUGGUAUUCCCCAUAGUAACCUAUGGAUGUGAGAGCUGGACCAUAAGGAAGGCUGAGCGAAGGACGAUAGACGCUUUUGAACUGUGGUGUUGGAGGAAAAUCCUGUGAGUGCCUUGGACCGCAAGAAGAUCCAACCAGUCCAUCAUCCAGGAAAUAAUGCCCGACUGCUCGCUGGAGGGAAGGAUAUUAGAGGCAAAUAUGAAGUACUUUGGCCACAUAAUGAGAAGACAGGAAAGCUUAGGAAAGAUCAUGAUGCUGGGGAAAAUGGAAGGAAAAAGGAAGAGAGGCCGACCAAGAGCAAGAUGGAUGGUAUCCUUGAAGUGACUGGCUUGACCUUGAAGGAGCUGGGGGUGGCCGUGGCUGACAGGGAGCUUCUGAAGGGCUGAUCAAAAAGCCUUCAAAUCAAUCCAAUGACAGUUUAUUGAAUUUCUCACCAUGACCAGAGCCAACCAGCGAAGAAGAAGAAUGGAGACGGAUCCUACCUGGUACCACUCUGGACAAAGCAGAAGCUGGCAUGGCAAUGUGCCUUUGUUUUGAGUAGCUGUCAAAAGGGUUAUAAAUUAAUCUGUAUAUUCCCAAUUGCAGUGUGUCGGUCUUUGGAGAGCAGAUUCUUCUGACAUGCAUGUUGGCCAAGGUGAAUAAAUGCCUCCUGUUUUGCCUUCAACCUACCUGCAUCUUAUUUGGUCCUUUGGGAGCUUGACACUCCGGGACCCGAACCCACAAUUUUGUCAGAACCAAAAUCACUCAGCACAUGUGCUUUGAAUAAAAAUGGUAUGAACCCUAUCUUUGAUCAUCCUGUGCUGGUAUUCUGGCCCUCAGUGGAAAAUCUUAGAUUUCUUCAUUAUUUUCUAUGGCCGUGUUGUAUAUUGCCUUUUUAAGGACGGCACUUCUCACCUUCACUUAAUAAAGAAGAGAAUGCAGAAGUCUACAGAAACUGUGCUAUUCCUGUCCCACCUAAUUAUGUGAUCACAACUUCUCCCCAGUUAGAUCCACUCUCUGUUAUGCUGUAAAGGUUAACAUCCAAACAAAUUCACAUUUUAUGAAACAUUGCAUGGGAUUAUUCAGUCCACAUAAUACAGAUCCUAAACUAGUUGUGGAUGUGCUAUCAAGUUGCUUGUCAGUUUAUAGUAACCCCGUGGAUUUAAUAUAUAUUUUUAUUUACAGUAUUUAUAUUCUGCCCUUCUCACCCCGAAGGGGACUCAGGGCGGAUCACAAUGCACAUAUACAUGGCAAACAUUCAAUACCAUUAUUAGACAUGCAACACAUACAUACAGAUAGUAGAGGUGAUACAAUAUUUUUCCAACUUCUGGCUUUAGGAGGUUAUGCUCGAUUUCGGCCACGGGGUGAGAAGGGCAGAAUAUAAAUACUGUAAAUAAAAAUAUAUAUUAAAUCCACGGUACUGAAAAUCUCAUGUCUCUAGUCAAGUUGCCAAUUCUUACAGUGGCAUUGAAAUAACUGACGGGAUUAGUUUACACAUUGUAAACCAGUGGUUAUUUUAAAAAAAUACUCUCGAAUUUAUUUAGCCUCAAUUUAUAUUGGCAGCAUAUCUGCAUAAUUCCAAGCCAUCACAACAUUAUAAUUUAGAUGAAAUUCUAAGAGAUAGACAAAACCAACUAUCAAAAUGAUCUAUGAGUCAGGCAGAAUCUGAUUUAACUGGCGCUUCAUCCACUAUGACGCCUAGUAUUUGUGAUCAUAGUAUUUCCUCCUUGCUCUUCGGCUCGCCACAGUUUUAUGGUCGCGUAAAUUAAAUUGAAUUAACCUUCCCGCAUUAAACGGUCCCUAAUUUCUCUACUUACAGUUGCAGCUGUUUUCAAACUGCUUAGGUGGACAGUAAGCUAGGCUAUUAAACAGUCGGGAGCUCAAUCUGACUGUAGGCUUUGAUCUAAUUAACUUUUGGUCAGCAGUGAUAUAUUGCUGCUGGUUAUUAACCAGCUGCGCCACAACCCGGUCAGGUUUUCUCAGGCAAGGAAAAUACUCAGGUAGCUUUGCCAGUUUCUUUCUCUGAACUAUAGCUUAUAGCAUCUGGUAUUCAUUGGCAGUCUCCCAUCCAAGUACUAACCAGAGGUGGCUCUGUUUAGUUUCCAAGAUCAGACAAGAUCCUGGCCACCUUAUUGAAUCCUAAAUUUAGUUGGCAGCAUCAUCAAGAGUAAACCUAUUAAAUCAAUGGAAUUACAGUAGAGUCCCACUUAUCCAACACUCGCUUAUCCAACGUUCUGGAUUAUCCUACACAUUUUUGUAGUGAAUGUUUUCAAUAUAUCGUGAUAUUUUGGUGCUAAAUUCGUAAAUACAGUAAUUACUACAUAGCAUUACUGCGUAUUGAACUACUGUUUCUGUCAAAUUUGUUGUAUAACAUGAUGUUUUGGUGCUUAAUUUGUAAAAUCAUAACCUAAUUUGAUGUUUAAUAGGCUUUUACUUAAUGUCUCCUUAUUAUCCAACAUAUUCGCUUAUCCAACAUUCUGCCGGCCCGUUUAUGUUGGAUAAGUGAGACUCUACUGUAGUUAACUAUUGUCUUACCUUUUCACAGUUGAUUCCACAAGUCUGCUCUUGCUGAGACUGGCAGCUAGGUUUAGGUAUGAGAGAUUUUGUAUUGCAUUCAUAUCUGUUUGAAAUGUGAGUGUUUCUAAAAUCUAGUAAACUAUAUUCCACAAUAUUUUCCCCAAUGAUACAACAAAGACUUGAGAUGCUAUGCUGGGGUCUAUUGUGUUGAGAAUUGGCACAUCAAAGAACCUUCCUUUUGUGGGUUGGAAAGAUUUAUUAAAACAUUCCAGUGAAUUAAAUCAGAUUCUGCCUGACUCAUAGAUCAUUUUGAUAGUUGGUUUUGUCUAUCUCUUAGAAUUUCAUCUAAAUUAUAAUGUUGUGAUGGCUUGGAAUUAUGCAGAUAUGCUGCCAAUAUAAAUUGAGGCUAAAUAAAUUCGAGAGUAUUUUUUUAAAAUAACCACUGGUUUACAAUGUGUAAACUAAUCCCGUCAGUUAUUUCAAUGCCACUGUAAGAAUUGGCAACUUGACUAGAGACAUGAGAUUUUCAAUACCACGCAGAAGUGAUGUAGAAGCUGCACUGCCAUAGAAUCCAGUUUCUGAAUCCAGAUUGUCUGAUUUGAACUGGAUUGUAUGGCAGUGUAGACUCAUAUAAUUCAGGUCAAAGCAGAUUAUAUGGCAGUGUAAAUCCAGCCUAUGAUGCCACUUCGUGUGCUUAUUUAUAUUCCUUCACGUCGCCUGUUGACCCCAUACAUUUCACAGAGUUUUCUUAGGCAAGGAAUACUCAGAGGUAGUUUUUCCAGUUCCUUCCCCUGAAAUAUAGCCUACUACAGUGUUACAAGUGAUCACUGCCCUAUCACUUUACGUUGAUAAUGUAUUAUUAAUUAUUUUCAAUGUGACUGAACAAUGAAAAGGCGUUCUUGAAUAAUAUACCAGAGAAGCUGGAUGAUAACAAUGCCAAUACUUUCCUUCCGUUUAAAUGAAACAAGCUUUGGUACACAAAUGGUUUUUGUUGCGUAUUCGUCAUUUUGGAAAAGGUAAGAAAAUGUAUUUUGAAAAUAUGGCUGUACAGUUUGUGCACUUCAACUGAGAAGAAGGUUUUUUCCAAAACAACUUUUGUAUGCAUAAUAUGUUUGCUGCUGCUACCAAAAGUUUUGUUAAGCAAGUUGGUGAUGGAGGUCGAUUAAUUCCUGUCCGGAGCCUGAGCGAAGCAGACAAAUACCAGCCUCUCAGUCUUGUCAUCAAGAAGAAAAGCUGCAUUUUUUCCAGACGAUCAAGAUUUAUUUCAACACCGUUCAGCCUGAAAGACAUUCUUCAGGGAGAAAAAGAAAUUUCAGCGGGUAUUUCAUCCUACCAGUUACUGAACUAUGAAGACAAAUCAGAUGUAGCGCUGAACGGUAGACGAGGAAAUCACAUCAUGAGCUCGGCUGGGGUCAAUAUUGCAGGAUCGGAUUCCCUCGCAGUGAAAGCUUCAUUUGGCAUUGUCACUAAACAUGAGGUUGAGGUACCAACGUUACUCAGAGAAAUGGCUAAUCGAAAAAUGAAUUUUGAGCAUUGCCUUGUCCGCCAGUCGCGAGAAAGUAAGAGGACUGUCCUUUGUGUGGUCAUGGAGAGCAUUAGAACAACACGGCAGUGCUCACUGUCUGUGCAUGCGGGCAUGAGAGGGGACACAAUGCGGUUUCAUAUUAUUGAUGACCAUAAUUACAAGGGACGCGACAGAGCAAUAGUAUUUCCUGCACACACAACAAUUGCAUUUAGUGUGUUUGAACUGUAUAUCCAGUUGGAUGGUAAUUUUGAGCUAUGUGUUGCUCCAGAAUCCAGAGGAGGGUUUGAAAAAGAACCAUCAAGAUCAUUUUCAUUUAUCAGAUUAAGGAAUACUCUGUUUCAUCGAAACAAGAGGGUAAUGGAUAUCAUCGCUCACCCAGAUAAUUACUUAGAUGACCUUUUUGCGGACUACUAUGAAAAGGCCGCCAGCUUGACGGACAUCUCUGCAAGCUAUUUCCGAGAAGGAGCUCACAUACGUGUGAAUUUACUCAAUAACAACAUCCCCAAGGGCCCUUGUUCCUUGUGCGGGAUGGGCAGCUCCAAAAGGGAAACCGUUUAUGGGUGCCUGGAGUGUUCUUUCAAUGGACAGACAUUUGUAAGACUACAUGCUGUGCCUUGCUUUGACCUAUGGCAUAAGAGGUUGAAGUAAGGCUUUAAAUAAAGACAUUGGAGAUGGAUCCAGGUGGCUAUUUGCCCUGAACACCAUGGGACUUGCUGUAAAUCACAGGUAACUGGUUUUCAUGGUCCUUAAACACAACCAACUUCAGCUUGGGUCCAAUCUUUUAUGAACAUUUAGCCAUGUUUGUGCCAUAGGAAUUUUGUGAGUUAUAAUUGCAAAUGCAUCAAUUCAUAAAAAUGAAACCAGAUAUGAUUGAUUUAGUUUCAUGUUUUCAAGCAAUAUUUUAUUCUUAAACGUAAAAUUAUGCCUAUCUUAAUUUGUUUUUGAAAGAUGUUAUUGAACAAUAUUUUUCUGAUUGCAUAAAGAAGAAUGGUUAACAUGUCCUCUGUGAGGAGAAGAUGGGGUGAUGGUGACGAGGGACAGGGAAAAGGCAGAACUACUUAAUGCCUUCUUUGCCUCAGUCUUCUCACAAAAAGAAAGCCAGCCUCAACCUUAGCAACAUGGAGUGGACGAAGGAUUAGGGGAAAUCCAACCCCAAAUAGGGAAAGAAGUCAUUCAGCAAUACCUGGCCACUCUAAAUGAAUUCAGGUCCCCAGGGCUGGAUCAACUACACCCACGAAUAUUGAAGGAACUAGCGGAAGUUAUUUCAGAACCACUGGCAAUCAUAUUUGAGAGUUCUUGGAGAACAGAAGAAGUCCCAGCAGAUUGGAGGGGGGCGAAUGUGGUCCCGAUCUUCAAGAAGGGAAAAAAGGAUAACCCAAACAAUUACCAUCCUGUCAGCCUCACGUCAAUAUCAGGCAAGAUUCUGGAAAAGAUCUUUGAGGAAGUGGUCUGCAAACACUUAGAAACACAUGCGGUCAUUGCUAAUAGUCACCAUGGAUUUAUCAAAAACAAGUCAUGCCAGACUAAUCUGAUCUCUUUUUUUGAUAGAGUUACAAGCUGGGUAGAUGCGGGGAACGCCAUGGAUGUAGCGUACCAGGAUUUUAGUAAGGCCUUCAUCAAGGUCCCCCAUGACCUUCUGGCAAACAAACUAGUAAAAUGUGGGCUAGACAAAACUACGGUUAGGUGGAUCUGUAAUUGGCUAACGGAACGACAAAGGGUGCUCACCAACGCGUUGUCUCCUUCCUGGAAAGAAGUGACAAGUGGAGUGCCACAGGGUUCUUAGCAUGGUUCUGUUCAACAUCUUUAUUAACAACUUAGAUGAAGGAUUAGAAGGCACGAUCACCAAGUUUGCAGAUGACACCAAACUGGGAGGAAUAGCUAAUACUCCAGAAGACAGGAGCAGCAUUCAAAACGAUCUUAACAGACUAAACAGAUGGGCCGAAACUAACAAAAUGAAGUUCAGCAGGGACAAAUACAAGAUACUCCACUUCGGCAGAAAAAAUGAAAUACAAAGAUACAGAAUAGGGGACGCCUGGUUUGACAGCAGUACGUGUGAAAAAAAUCUUGGAGUUCUCGUGGACAACAAGUUAAACAUGAGCCAACAAUGUGAUGCGGCGGCUAAAAAAGCCAAUGGGAUUUUGGCCUGCAUAAAUAGGAGUCUAGUGUCUAGAUCCCGGAAAGUCAUGCUCCCCCUCUAUUCAGUCUUGGUCAGACCACACCUGGAAUACUGUGUCCAAUUCUGGGCACCACAAUUGAAGGGAGAUGUUGACAAGCUGGAAUGUGUCCAGAGGAGGGCAACUAAAAUAAUCAAGGGUCUGGAGAACAAGCCCUAUGAGGAGUGGCUUAAAGAGCUGGGCAUGUUUAGCCUCCAGAAGAGAAGGCUGAGAAAAAACAUGUGAGAAGUCAUAGGGAGGAGGGAGCAAGUUUUUUUAUUUCUGCUGCUCUGUUCGGCAGUGGAAUUCUCUGCCUCAGAGUGUGGUGGAGGCUCCUUCUUUGGAGGCUGGAUGGUCAUCUGUCGGGGGUGCUUCGAAUACAAUUUCCUGCUUCUUGGCAGGGGGUUGGACUGGAUCUGAGGUCUCUUCCAACUCUAUUAUUCUACGAUUCCUCUUUUGAGUUAGCAUUUUAAGAAAUGUAAACAUGUUUAAAUUGAUGUAUAGAAAGAAUGUAAGUAUUUUGAAAGGGAAUUAUGUGCAAACAUUUGCUUGCAUCUAAAGAAAGGAAUGUGUUUUAUUUUAACAACACCGCAGUAAUAUGGGAAGAAAAUGUGUGAAUUAUUUAUUGCUAGUAUAAAUAAUUAAUUGAAGUAUCAGAUUAAGAACAUGCUUGUGUUUGCUCUGGUUAAAAAUACAGAGACAUAAAAGCUAGACAUUAGUACACCAUAAAUGUUUAAAUUUAAAUUUGCCAGUGCCCCUGCUUAUAUUUCCCAUUUAUUCUAUAUAUUUGUCAUUAUUAUUGCACAGGUUAAGUUUGUUUAAAAAAUUAUGUGACUUCCUACUCUUAGUUCCUCUUGAUGGAUUUGAAAAUAUAUAUUUUUAAAAAAUAAUAAAGGCAUAUCUUUUGGUCGGAAA